AUGGAUCCACCAAGUAAUGCCGAUGAUUCUGGCCAUUAUCCAGCAACUCCACCCACUACCGGCAAUCCUCCAACAGUUCCUCCAACCACACCUGAGCCUCCACCAACAACUCCACCCCCACCUGUGCUUGCUCCAGCAACUCCACCCACGACAGGCAAUCCUCCGAUAGGCAAUCCUCCGACAGUUCCUCCAACAACUCAACCCACAACCGGUAAUCCUCCAGUCGUUCCAUUAACAACUCCACCCACGACUGGCAAUCCUCCGACAGUUCCUCCAACCACACCUGUGCCUCCUCCAACAACUCCACCCCCACCUGUGCUUCCUCCAGCAAAUCCACCCACGACAGGCAAUCCUCCGACAGUUCCUCCAACAACUCCACCCACUACCGGUAAUCCUCCGACAGUUCCUCCAACCACACCUGUGCCUCCUCCAACAACUCCACCCCCACCUGUGCUUCCUCCAGCAACUCCACCCACGACAGGCAAUCCUCCGACAGUUCCUCCAACAACUCCACCCACUACCGGUAAUCCUCCAGUCGUUCCAUUAACAGCUCCACCCACGACUGGCACACCUCCUACGCCUCCUACUGGAGUAUUAAUAAGAAAAUCAACGUUUGAAUCACCUCCGUGA